UUUUCAUUAAAGGUGCGCGCCCAAACUGUAUGUCCACCGAUUGAAUAGGCGUGGACUAUUCAUUUAGCGACUGUAACAGUAUUCCAGCCAAUCACAUCCACCAAGCUAGUGGCUGCUGACCCAAUACAUCCAUUGCUAUCAUUCAGGCAUCCAUCAUCAUUACGGGAUUCAUCCAUUAUUCCUAGGAGACAUCCUGAGCCAGUAUUUAAAUAUGGCACGCAAAUCAUCAUCCAUUUGGAUCCAUGGAUACUGAAUUAGCUAUUAUUGGGACACAGUGGCUGACUGGAGCACCUUUUUAUUUUUUAUUUUUUAUAUUUAUUAUUUUUUGAGGAAAGGGAACUAAAGGGAAAUGAACAGUUAGUAAUUAACAUCUCGAAUCUCGAUUGCUCUACAUCCACUCUCGCUUACGACCUUUUCAACAGGCAAUGGCGUCUACAAAUAUCUUUGACCUUCUCAACGACGACGCUCAGGAUCAGGAGAUCCAGGUCCCCGCCGUCAAGAAGGAAGUCAAGUCUGCUGCCAAGCCCGCUGCCAAGCCCGCUGCUGGCGCCGCCAGGACUGCUGACAACAAGGCUCCUCGCAAGGAUGGUGCCCGUGGUGGCAAGCCCAGAGACGGCGAUGACCGUGCUCCUCGCGGACCCCGCUUCGACCGCGUUGACCGUGCACCUCGCGAUGGCACCACUCCCCGUAACCGCGGCCCACGUCCUUCCCGCGGCGGUCGCCACGGUGGUUUUGACCGCCACUCCGGUACCGGUAUCGUCGAUAGCGAGAACAAGGAGAACAACCGCUUAGGUGAUCCCACUGAGUCCUCCCUCGAGGCUGAGAAGGACGCCGCUUUGGUCGCCGAGACUCCUGUUGCUGAGCCCGAGCCCGUUGAGCCAGAGGUCGUUGUCAAGACUCUUGAUGACUACUUGGCCGAGAAGGCUGCUAAGUCUGUCAAGCUCUCCCUUCCCCAGACCCGUGCCGCCAAUGCCGGUGCUGAUGACUCUCAAUGGAAAGAUGCCCGUGUCCUUGAGGUCGAGGAGGCUGAAGACUUUAUCAAGAUGGGCAAGGGCUCUGAACCCAAGACCCGUAAGGGUAAGAAGGAGGGCAAGGUUUUGUUCACUGACAUUGACAUCCGCUACACUGAGCCUUCUCGUGAACAGUCCUCUUCCCCCCGCGGCGGCUUCCGUGGUGGCCGUGGUGGUGACCGCGGUGCCCGUGGUUCUCGUGGUGCCCGUGGCGGCAACAACUCUCCGGUUCCUCGUCGUGGUGGUUCCCGUGGUACUGCCGUCAAUGUUGACGACCAGGAGGUCUUCCCUAGCCUUGGCUCCAAGUAAACGCCUAGACAUAAAGAAGAAAGAUGUUUUUGACAAUAUUAUUAAACAAAGCAGCUUGUUAUAACCAAAAAAA